UGUAGAAUUAGCGUGAUUUAAUAAAAUGACGAUUCUUUUCAGUUUCUUGAUUUCAAUCAACGCUGUUUUCACCUUUGGACUUUUAAGCCCCAGUUCAACAUCCACCACACAAUAUGCAUCUAAUUCUCCCGAGAAAAAUGUUCAUAGUGAUGCAGCAUUAUUACAUCAGAUCCUUACUCAAGAAACCACACUGAGGAUGGAACUAGAAAGGAAUGUCCGGGAUUUAACAAAGCAAUUUGAACAAAUGAAAAAGGACCAAACUGCAGCUGAAACGGAAAUAAGUAUUCUGAAGCAAGCCAAAAUUGACCAGGACGCAUUGAAUCAACAACUACUUAAGAACAUAACAAAACUCACCAAAGAAAAUGACAACCUAAAGGAAGCGAUAAUGUAUCAUCAACAACAUGUGAACGUUUCUUUAAAUAGUAUUCCAAUCCCAGGCCAGACUGUAUGUCAGUGUGAUUUUGCAAACAUAACAAAAGAGAUUCAGAAUUUUAAGAGGGAGGUUAGGUACAUUUCUCUCUCAAUUCUAGACCUUGAGAGAGAAACAGAAUCUAUGAAUUCAAGUAUUUUACAAACUUUUAACACCAGUGCAAAUCUCAUCAAUCAAGAAUUAUUGCAAAUAAACGUAGGCAUUCAAAAUUUCUCGACAGAAUAUGAACAGGAUAAGCAUCAACAGGCGUACAUUAAUGCAGAUUUGAAAGAUCAGCAAAUAAAUGUUUCGAAUACAUUAAAAGACCAUAUUGACAGCGAAGUACUAAAUUUGAGGAAAAAAAUACUUUGGGUUAGAGAACAAAAACAAUAAAUUAACAUCAUCUAUUAAAGACAUUGAAUCUUUCCUCUCAAAGGUGGACGUCUUCAUGAACGGUACAUCUGAUACUGUAGCAUUUAGUGCUACAAUAACGUCAUAUAUCACCCCUUCUAAUGGUCAGACACUAGUCUUUCUUCACGUUCUUUGUAAUGUCGGCGGUGGAUAUAACAAUAAAAACGGUAUCUUCACAGCACCUGUUGAUGGAACUUACGUGUUCUUUGUCAGACUCACACAGGAAAUGAACAAUCAAGAUAUUUUUUUUAGUAUUCAAUUAAAUGGAGUUGAGAUGGCUAAACACCUUUUAUAUGGAAGACGUGACCACGCCUAUAGAAUUUCUACUAACUCCAUAGCGUUAAAGCUGAACAAAAAUGAUAGAGUAUGGGUAAAAAUCAUUCAAGGAGGAACUAUGUUUAGCAGCAGUGACUCAACAGGUGCUGAUCAAUCGUUUACUGGAUAUAAAAUUUGAUCUUAUUGUAAUAUGCAUUUCGAAAAUAAAAGAACAACAAAGAAAUGUGUAACAUAUUGUAGUUUAUAUUAACAAAAUAUAUUUUUAAAAGAAUGAAGCUUAUUUUAACUUAUAUUGUGCAA